UCCAGGUUAUAAAUACUAAGCCAAAUCAGUGAGAUUUAAACAAAAAAAAGUGUGAAUAUUCAGAUAUCUUGCAAUGAGCAGCCAGUCUCGGCCAUUCGCAGAGUAUGGUCCAGAUAUUUGGGAUGAGAAAUUCACUUCUAAUCACAGAGACUUUAAGUUGUGGAAAGCAUGUACAGAGGAACGCGAUGAGCUUGAAAAUGAAGUAAGGAGCAUGCUGUUGUCUGCUGGUUUAAACUGGACUGAGAAGUUGAUUCUGAUCAAUACUAUUGAACGCUUAGGAGUUGGCUACCACUUUGCUGAAUAUAUUGAAGUCAUGUUGGCUGAAAUGCAUAAUGCUCAUGCCUGUACUAUUGAAAACUUCAAUCUCUCCACUACAGCACUUUACUUCCGAAUCUUAAGACAGCAUGGUUAUAACGUCUCGUCAGAUAUAUUCAGCAAAUACAAAGAUAUUGAUGGAAAUUUCUCUGAAGCUAUCACAACAGACCCGGAGGGGUUACUAAACUUGUACGAAGCAGCACAUUUGAGAACACAUGGGGAAGCUAUGUUAGACGAGGCACUUGUUUUUACAACAUCUCACCUAACAUCUAUUGCAGAGUCUUUGGAUUCUGGCCCAUUAGCUAAACAGGUGCGGCGUUCCUUGGAGCAGCCCUUACAUAAGGGAAUCCAGAGAAUCGAGGCUAAGCAUUCUCUCCUUUUGUAUGAGCAGAGUCGAUCGAGGAAUGAAGUGCUACUCAAGUUUGCGAAGCUGGAUUUCAAUCUAGUUCAAAUGUUGUAUAAGCAGGAAUUAUCUCACUUAAUUAGGUGGUGGGCUGAUAUAGACUUUAAAUCCAAAUUUCCUCAGUUUCGAAGCAGGGUAGUUGAAGGUUACUUAUGGGCUGUAGCAAAUGCAUUUGAACCUUGCGAUGCAACCGCUCGUAUCAUGUACACGAAGAUGCUUUGUGCCCUUUCAGUUACUGAUGACCUCUAUGAUGCAUAUGGUACAAUGGAUGAACUAAAUAUGUAUACUAAGGCCAUUGAGCGGUUAGACGCUGGCAGCAUCGAUGGACUUCCAGACCACUCUAAAUUGUGCUACAUCACUUCUUUAAAUGUCUUCAGAGAAUUUGAUGAAGCAAUGGUUAAGAAAGGAGUUUACUGUGAUCUUUCUUACCUCAAAGAAGCAUUCAAAGCAAACUUGUUGGCUUUUCAUAAAGAGUCUACGUGGCGGGACAAGGGCUAUGUUCCACCACUUGAAGAAUAUCUCAUGAACUCAACAACAUCCUCUUGCAUAUGCAUGCUUGGAUUGUGUAUUAUUUUGGGGAGGGGACAUGGUGACACCAUUGGGGCAUGCAGGUGGGCAACAAAAAAACCAAAAGCUCUUGUUGCGGCUGAAAAAAUGGGGCGAAUAAUAAAUGACAUAGUGGGCUAUGAGGAGGAGCACCGCCGUCCACAUGUUGCUACAUCCAUCGAUUGUUACAUGAAGGAGUACGGGGUUUCAAAGGAAGAAGCGAUUGUCAAGUUAUAUGAAAUGAUCGAAGACACAUGGAAGGACAUAAACGAGGAAUGCUUGAGGCCGACACCCGUUGCAAGAAGUUGUAUCACCACAUUUCUCGAGCUGAUGAGAGUAAAUCAUGUUACCUAUAAGGAUAAUGAUCGAUACACCCAUCCUGAAGGACUGAAGCAUGAAAUUACCCUUAUCUUGGUGGAUCCGAUACCGAUAUGAACUACAAUAUCCUGCAGUUCUUGAACGGUUCUAUAUAUAAUUUCCUUUUUUGAACCUGGGAAAUGUGGCGUUUAUCUAUGUACAAAUAUUGUUUUCCAUCUAUUUAUGUCUUUAUACACUACAAAUAAUCAAGCAACAAACUUGUCUAAUUUGUGUGUAACCUGAAUAAUAUUAAUUUUAUGCAAUAUUAAUGAUCAUAAUUUAUCACU